AUGAAAAUAUUAUAUUCAUUAUUAGUUUCUUUUUUAAUUUUUAAUCAAUUUGCACAUAUUGAUGCAUAUGGUGAAACAGUAAAUGGUUAUCCCAGUUCAAACGAAAGAGAAACUUUUGUUUUAUUAAACAUGGUUAGAAUGUUCCCACAAGAAUUUAAAAAAGAGUAUUUAUUACCACAAAAUAGAACUGGUAUGGAUUUAAUUUUUUCUAAAUAUGACGCAACUACUCCACUCCGUCAUGAUUUUUCAUUAACCAAAGUUGCUAGAGCACAUAGUAGAGAUAUGGCCGUUAAUAAUUGUUUCCAACAUAAUAGCUGUAAUAAUGAAAAUAUUUGGGAUCGUUUUAAAGAAUAUGAAGCAUGCGGAGGUGCAUGGGGUGAAAAUAUCAGUGCUGGUAACAAUUCCCCAUUGGGCAGUAUGACCGCUUUUCUUUGUGAUUCAAAGAACGGUGCAUGUGUACCAGAUGGAGAUGAUAAUGAUGGUCAUCGUAGAAAUAUUAUGAGUAAAUCAUAUGCUUCAGUUGGAUCUGGUUAUUUUUAUAAUCAAGAUAGUACUUAUCGUCAUUAUUACACCCAAGAUUUUUCAUCAGGUGUUUGUGAGGAUACUUAUUCACCAAUUUAUUCAGCUUUUUAUACCAUGGUCGAUGCUAAAACCCCACGUUUUAUUGCAGCAUAUUCAAAUAGUACCGUCGCAUUCCAAUCAGUUUCAUUAGUAUUUAAUGGUGCCUCACAUACCAUGGAUAUUCAUUAUGGUAACAAUAAUAAUGCCAUUUUAACUAAGGAUAAUGUAGAAUUCGAAUUUUGUGCUCCAUUUUAUUUUGAAGCAUUAGAUGUCAAUAAAAAUAUUGUUCGUUAUCCAGAUGAAGGUUUCCUUAGAUUAGCUACAAACUCAAGUUGUGAAUCAUGGUCCGAAAAUGAAAUUUAUAAUGCUUCAUCCAAAUUAACUUUAUCUGUCACUUUAAUAAUCUCUUUAAUUUUAUCAAUCUUUUUUAUUUAA